UUGGACCGGGCAACUUGCCAAAACUCCCAGGCAGCUGUACACUGCCACUGAAGAAAAGAUGCCUGACUCUUGUGCAGCUUGGGGCUGUACAAACCGUCGCACAAUCCAAACCAGAUCUCGGGGUAUUACUUUUCAUAGGUUUCCCAAAGAGAAACAGCUGAGGAGGCAGUGGGAGGUAGCUUUAAGAAGGGAAGGUUUUUCCGCCAGUGAGUCCUCUGUGCUAUGCAGUGAGCACUUCAAGCCGGAGGACUUUGACAGGACAGGUCAGACUGUAAAGAUUAGAGAUGGAGCUAAACCACCUGUCUUCAGUUUCCCGACUCAUCUCCAAAGACCAGUGGCAACCAGGACAACACAAGCCUCAAGGAAGGCUGAAGAGAGCCUGUUAGUGGACUGCUCUCUACAUUUCCAAGAGUAUGUUCCUCCUCUGCCUAAUGUUGACCACUCCUAUGCAUUGCCUGCAUCUCCCACUGGUCUAAAGGCCAGACUCUGUGAAGCCUUGGUUAGGGUGGAGAGUCUGGAGCGAGAGAUGAGGAAUGUGAAGGACCGAGAACGGAGGGCAAUGAAGACAUGGUCUUCUAGAGAUCAGCUGAGCAGUUUAUUUGCCAGUCAUAAUUGUGGAAAGCUGUCAGAGUGUCCUUGAUCAAUCAGUUUGUCCGAGCUGAUAUUGGUUCAGAGGAUGUGUUUUUUUUUCUCAGCGAGCACAUUCAGGAAUCACCGUUUGGAAUUGACAACCAUCAUUUUUUGCUUUUGUCGUUAGUUGUGUCUGUCUUCCACAAACUAAGGCUACACCACAUUGUCAGACUGAACACUCUUAAAUUACAGAGUGGCAACUCAAGAAAAAAGCUGUGCAAAGCAGUUUUGUUCCAAGAAUUUUAGCUCCCAUCCCCCAGUUUUAUAAAAGAAGAGCAUAACUUGUACUGGUGGGAUUGGCUCUAGCCCCCCACGAACCUACAAAGGAUAAGCAAUUAUAGAUGAUUGAUGGAUGGGUGUACUGUAUAGUCGAUUAUGCUAUUAUUUUUAUUAUAUAUUAUUGUACUAUUCACUACUCACUAUUUUAUUUACUUUUUUAAUUAUUUUAUUAUUGACUAUUAUACUAUUUAUACUGCAUGUUCUAUUUGUUAUUUUCAAUCUAUUAUUAUUAUAAUAUUGUAUUGUAUUAUACUACUUGUGCUAUUAUAUUAUUUUACUGUUCACUA